UAAACACGUCUGUCUGCAUACAGUUAAAUUUCGAAACCCUUUAGGUGUGAUAAGUGUUGUUGGCUAAAUAUGUUGCCUAUUUAGAUACACAAGUUUCCCUUUUCUGUUCUUAGAUCUUGCCUGUCUCUGAAACUUUAGCUGCUUGUCUGCAGGCGUCAUCCCAUGCUGUCCGCUUUGUAUAUGUUAAUGUGUUUGUGUACCCCAACCAGAUUAUCCAGAGACCAUGGCUCCCAAACUGUGAGUCGAGACCCGGUCAUGAGAGGUUCUGAGGACAGAUUCAUGCACGGGCACACUGGACACAUGCCCAGGGGCCCGUGAGAAAAAGGGUCCCCUCCAACUCUUCUGCCAUGGAGCCGGUGAAGUUCAAUGUUUAAGCUGGGUGGUCUGAUGGCUAAUGCAGCUGCAUUUUCAGCAUGACAUAGGCCUACAAGUCGGAACUUGUCUUUGGAAAUGGCCAAAGUUCAAUCGCUGCAGACAUGGCCCUGGAUGCCCAGCAACACGAUAGCCGGGCGGGGGGGAUCCGCGGAGAAGGAGCGACAAGUGGCCCGUCCCCAGCCCAAGGAAUGAGGGAGCGUGACAGUCACAGCGCCCCCUACGGUCUGGUUGGUGACAUCAUGACCCAGGGAUCCGGGCCAGGAAGCAGGACCGCCCAGCAUGCAUGCGGGGCAGGAGAGGGGGACCGGGAUGGUGCAUGGGAAACCCUGGACUGUGACCCGGAGGAGUGGGAGAAACGCGAGGUGCAGCAGCGCUCUCCGCUGGCACUAAAGAGUGCCUCAGGCAAGACGAAGGAUGGCGACGACCUGCAGGGGGCGCCAGAUGGGGGAUGGGGCUGGGCGGUGCUGGUCGCCUCCAUCGUGGUGCUCGGCCUUGCACUGCCUUUACCCACCUGCAUCGGCGUCUUUUACAGAGACCUGCAGAAAGAGUUCCAUGCCAGCAACACGGAAACGUCCUGGGUGCCUUCCAUCAUGGUCGCAGUACAGCAUGGUGGAGGGCCCUUGUGCAGUCUGUUGGUGGAGCGCUACGGUUGCCGGCCGACCGUGAUGCUGGGCGGAGUCAUCUGCGGCCUGGGGAUGGCGGCCGGCUCCUUCGCCCGCACCAUCACCCAGCUCUACAUCACCGCCGGCUUUAUCACAGGGCUCGGGUGCUGCUUCUCCUUCCAGCCGGCCGUGACGAUCCUGGGGCACUACUUUGUUCGGCGGCGAGCCUUCGCCAACGCCAUUUCAUCCACAGGCACUGCCCUGGGGCUCUGCUUCCUGCCGCUUCUCGCCAACUUCCUGCUGGUGCAGCUGGGCUGGCGCGGCAGCUUCCUGGUGCUGGGCGGGGUCCUGCUGAACUGCAGCGUGUGCGGGGCGGUCAUGAGGCCCCUGGGGGGCCACGGAGACCGACCCGACUCCCGUCCGUCGCGGCGGAACGCGGGGGGCCUGAAGGGGGGGCUGAGGACCGCCCUCCACGGCCCGACGGCCUUCCUGCGGCGGCACAUGGCCUUCGACCUCUUCCUCAGCGACCGGCGUUACCGCGCGUUCGCGCUGGGCGUGGCCUGGAUGAUGCUGGGCUUUGUGGUGCCGCUGGUGUACCUGGUGCCGUACGCCGGCACACGCGGGGUGGAGCCGGGCCAGGCCGCCAUGCUGCUGUCCGCGCUGGGCUCCGUCAACCUGUUCACACGGCCGCUGACCGGCCUGCUCCUGGGCCUGCCCUGCCUGCAGGGCCGCUCUCGGGCCUACGCCUACGCCUUCUGCCUGGCCCUGCUGGCCAACGGGCUGAGCAACUGCAUGUGCGGCGCGGCGGCAAACUUCCCCGCCCUGCUGGCCUACGCGCUGGUCUUCGGCCUGUCCAUGAGCGGGGUGGGCUCGCUGAUCUUCACCGUGCUCAUGGACAUCGUGGGCAUGAGCCGCUUCCCCGCCGCGCUCGGCCUGCUCAGUGCCAUGGAGAGCCUCACCCAGCUGCUGGGCCCCCCACUCGCAGGGAUGCUGGUGGAUGGCACGGGGCAGUACGCCUACGUCUUCUACGCCUGCAGUGCCUCCGUUACCUCCGCUGCCCUCUUUCUAAUGGGCUCCUUCUUUUGGCUGGACAGAGAGAGAGGCAAGGAGGAGAAAAAGGCUUCUCCACCUUCCAGGCCAAGUUCUGCACCCUCACUGGGCUGCCAGGACUGCAGCAUGCCAACUGGGGGAGGAGUUCAUCUGGAGAGGGAGGAGUUCAUGUAUGUCACCAGUGUGUGAGCCACCCUGGGAGUCUGGUCAACCUAUUAGCUUCCAGGCUGGCAUGCUGGCACAUGAAAUAAAAUGUGUUGUCACACAUAGACACCACAUAUACACAUUAAAGAAAUUCACAUAAUAUUUACACACACACAUACAGUGCAGUCCUUAUGUGUUUGGACAGUUGAAGACUAGAUACUGAAAGUUUUCUUAUACCUGCUCUCAGAAAGCAAUUGAAUGCACCUGUCUAUUCAGAAGCAAGUGAGAAGCCAGCCGUACAGUUACUUUUGGUCCCAUAAAAUUGGGAGGACUAUGUAUAAAAAGGGAUGUGAUUCCUCCAUGACAACACCCUCAAAUCAAAGGGGGCGGUCUGCACUUUAACUUUACAUUUAUUGUUUCAUUUCAAAUCCAAUGUGCUGGACUACAGAGCCAAAUGAACAGAAAUUGUACCAACUGUCAAAAAACAGAUAGACUGCACUGUAAAUAAAAAAAUGAGAUGUACAUGUAACUGAUCUACCGCCCAGACAGGCUUUUCGAGAAUAUGAAGGCUUCAGUGAGGGCCAGAGCCAUUGACCUUAUUCUGUCAGCCUGAAUAUGCUGCAGUGAUGUUGAAUGGCAUCUGUUCGUUUGUUUAUAUAUUACCUUAAAAAACUAAUUUGUUCACUCCAAAGUUAUUCAUGCCCUUGAUAAAGAUCACUAAAAAAGGUGUAUACAGGUAACAAGCUAUAAUGUAUGCCAGACCUGGGUUCAAAUGUGUAUAAAUGUGUAAAUGUGUAAAUAUAUGUUUUGAUUCACAUACUUUUCUGCAUUUGAAUAAGCUUGCCUGGUAUAUUGUAACAAAUGAAAUCAUCCCAAAACUGCAAACCCUGCCCAUCUGCACCUUCUUGCUGGCUCAAAUGCACCCGGCAACAUCAAUAAAACACAGAAAAGUAUUUGAAUAAAACCCAGGUCUCAUGUAUUUUAUAGUCUUUUUGUUCAUUUUCAUCAGGGGUGUGAAUAGUUUUGCAGGGUGCAAUAUUGCCACGGUCAGUAUUAGGAGAGCUGUGUCAGCAUUUUGAAAGGCGCUGAGUCAAACAUACUUUACAUUUAAAAAAAGGUUAUUGUGUUUCUCAGUAAAUGCUCAUAAUACGUCUCAAGAGUUAAAGGGUUGUAUGGAUUUUAGUAUCCUUAACGGAUUUCCUUUGUGCCUCCAGAAUGAUUGUGCAAUGUUUUGAGGUUUCAUUGUCACUGCUGCGCUGUUUUAACACUUACUGUUAAAGUACAUUAGCACUGUUAGCACUUGUUUUAGCACCAUGCUAGCAAUCCUGUAAAGAGAUUGUGAUCUAAGGAGCCACACAUUAUGAAUGCCAUGUGGUUUGGACAGACAAGCCUUAUUUUAUUUUAUUUUUUUUAUGCAGAAGUGAUAGGAUGAAGUGAGUAUUUAAAAUGUAUUUUAUUAGUGAAUUUUAUUACACUGGAAUAUAAAACAAGUUGAUUUGUAUAAGAUUUAUUCAUGAGAAUAGUUUGGAUUAAAGUUGUGAUUUCAGUUACAUUUCAGUUUUUAAUUUAGCCUAAAACAGUACAUUUUAUCAAUAAAAACAAUACAUGUCUCCAUCUCUUUCUCUAACACAUGCACACACACACAGGAACAUUCCUAAAAAUAUCUCUGCAGAUCACAGUAAUAAUUCCACUCUUUUAGAAUAUCACCGUUUUCUGCAUUGGGACUGCAUCCCAAUGCCAACUGCAUGCCAAAUAGUUACAGGGUUCAGCUUGUGCCAAAAUGUUUCCAGGUGAAGCAGAAUAAAAAUAUUUAAUUUAGC